CACGACUUGUCCCGCUCUCCAUUGAGCCGUCUGAGGAAGACCUGCCAUUGUGCCCUGAUAUCCCCUCCGGUCACGAUGUUCAGCAGUAUCUGAAGCGACCGCGUCCCUCGCUCCUUCUCUCCUUUCACCGCUUUCCCAUGGACUCCUCCGAUGGCCGCAAUGGCUCGCCACAGCGUGGCAGGUCGACCAGUCCGCGGCCCAUGACGCCGCCAGAUGACGAUGCGAGUAUCAUCGAUGGCCUGCCUGAUCCGCGCCAGAUUCAAGCUUUUGGGCGAAAAGUCACAGCUACCGCUGGACACCUCAUAGGCGCGGAGGGCGUCGGCCAGCACUACCAAAAUGCCCUCGGAGAGCUCCACCGAGAAUUGCGACGUCCAAUGCUGCAGCGAUCCGUCUUUUCCUUCGCUCAAACCACCCCACGCGAGCUUGUGCGGUCGAGGAUGUCUAUACCCGAGAUCCAACAACGAGCCCUGGCAUUCCUUCCCGACGAGCUUCUCAGCAACAUCCCCGAAGAUAAUAACGCUUACUCGCUGUUCGAGGGGUUCCAGGCCUCGUUGCCUGAAGAGCAUGGCCGGAAAAAGAAACAUGCGAAGCACAACUCUAGGGGCCAGAGGCUGCUGGGAGAGGCGGCCGAGGAAGACGACCCAAAUCUGCCACCUUCAAUGGUCUCGCUGAAGAGCCAAAAGCAUAGCCUGAGCCAUCGGCUGGAGAUGAUGGGUGUGAGAAAGCACAUGUGUGCGGCUGAAAUUCAUGAAAUCGACAACAAGAUUGCAAAUUUAAACACAAUGCGCAAAAUCGUGCUCGAUAGGUUAGCGGGCCUAGAGUACGAAGAAGCCGACUUGGAACAGGAGCUGCUGGACGUCGAUAACAAAAUCGAAGACCUGCAGGAGGAGCUCGAAGACGCUGCUGCACUCGCUCCGAAAUCUCCUACUACGUCCACUACUGUGAGCAAUGAAGACGGCUCAACUGAGUUCAUGUCCGAGUCUAUAUACCAAAAGAUACCCUCCCCAAAGUCUAAACGCAAACGGGUAAUGCGACGCAAAUCCAUGCCUAUCCUCCAUGAGCACUUGGAGCCAGGGUCGAAGAUUAAAGAGAUCCAAGCUCACAACGAUGUUAUCACGGCAUUGGAUUUUGAUGCGCCAUGGGGCACGCUGGUAACCGCAGCACUAGACGACACUGUAAGGGUGUGGGACUUAAGUGCUGGGCGCUGCAUAGGCCUUCUUGAAGGCCAUCUCUCAUCCGUACGCUGCCUCCAGGUUGAUGAAAAUAUCGUGGCCACUGGGUCUAUGGACGCCUCUAUUCGGUUAUGGGAUCUUAGCAAGGCCGAAUACGCCCCAUUGGACAACCGCAUAAAUAAAGAUGGAGAAGAGGAGGAAGACGAUGGCUUGACUUUUGAAAACGCGGAGGAUGCCCCUCCACCCCCACCUCCGACAAUCAUGCAGGACUGCCCCCUAUUCUCACUCGAAUCUCAUGUCGAUGAGGUCACCGCAUUGCAUUUCAGAGGCGACACCUUGGUCUCUGGCUCCGCGGAUAAGACUUUGCGACAGUGGGAUCUGGUCAAGGGAAGAUGUGUGCAGACGCUUGAUGUCCUCUGGGCAGCAGCACAGACGACUGCAUCCCUAAAUACGAACAACGGCCAGUGGCGACAAACAGGGCGCGUUUCAGAUGCCUCGGCUGAUUUUGUCGGUGCAAUCCAGGUCUUUGAUGCAGCUUUAGCAUGCGGCACUGCAGACGGAAUGGUACGUCUUUGGGAUUUGCGAAGCGGCCAAGUGCAUCGAAGCCUGGUCGGGCACACAGGUCCAGUUACAGCCCUACAGUUCGAUGAUGUCCAUUUGGUGACCGGGAGCAUGGACAGGAGCAUUCGAAUAUGGGACCUGCGGACUGGUUCCAUUUACGAUGCCUACGCCUAUGACAACGCCGUGUCCAGCAUGAUGUUCGACGCUCGCCGCAUUGUUUCGGCGGCCGGCGAAGACGUAGUGAAAGUGUACGACAAAACUGACGGCCGACAUUGGAACUGCGGGCCUGGCGUCGGGGUAGACGACGACGCCACGGCCCUUUCUACCAUCGAACGCGUACGGAUUAAGGAUGGUUACAUGGUGGAAGGCCGCAAAAAUGGCAUGAUUGGAGUUUGGUCAUGUUAGUCCUUGAAGGUAUGCAUACGCGUAUAUAUGGGAAAUAUAGGCUAGACGCUGGACUUUGGCAUAGAUGAGGCUUGUAUUACCACCGAGUACUAGUAUCGCAUCAAGUUUGUCUAACAUUAUUAUGUAAUUCUGCAUGCGAAUGUAGAAUAUGCCAUUCGCGGGUUAUGAGAACAAGCGACUCGGCAGGGGGAGAGGGUCACGAGCGAUCAGAGCUGUUCUGCAGGCUUGAGUGUUCGGAAAGGCUAAGAAGGUGGUCACCAAGCC